UCCAAAAUGGUUUGUUUUCCAGAUUUAUUCAUGUUUCGCAAUUUAUUACUUAAUAUCUCGAGAUGACGACGUCUUUUAAUAAAUAACGAAAACUUCCAUAUUCUCAUUAUCUUUGAGGAGACAAAGAUCAAGGCCUUUUUUAUGUGAGCCCGGUCGACUGCGAACAUUUGUUUUAGAGUUUUUUUAGCGCCAUGGCUCUAAGGACAGUUACUAGGAGGUUAACUCAAUUUAAUAAUGUACAAAAUAGAUGUUUGGCAACUUCAAAUAAAGGAGCUACAUUUAAUUGGGAGGAUCCGUUUGAUCUUGAAUCUCAAUUAACACAAGAUGAGAAAAUCAUCAGGGAUUCUUUCAAAUCUUAUUGUGAUGAGAAGUUACAACCUAGGAUUUUACUGGCUAACAGAAAUGAAGUGUUUGAUCGAGAUAUUAUGACUGAAAUGGGCCAACAAGGCAUCUUAGGAUGUACAUUAAAAGGAUAUGGUUGUGCUGGUGUAUCAAACGUAGCGUAUGGUCUAAUAACUAGGGAAGUUGAGAAAGUGGAUAGUGCUUAUAGAUCGGCAGUGAGCGUUCAAUCGUCUCUAGUAAUGGGGGCCAUUUAUAACUACGGAAGUGAUGAACAGAAAGAGAAAUACCUCCCCCGUUUGGGUAAAGGAGAAAUAAUUGGUUGUUUUGGUUUAACUGAACCAAAUCACGGAAGCGAUCCUGGAUCUAUGGAAACAAAAGCUAAAUAUGACCCGACUUCAAAAACAUAUGUGUUAAAUGGGAGUAAAACGUGGAUAACUAAUUCCCCAUUGGCUGAUGUUUGUGUAGUUUGGGCUAAUUGUGAUGGAAAAAUUCGAGGUUUCCUCAUUGAUAGAAAAGAAAACGGGAAAGGUUUAGAAACGCCAAAAAUAGAAGGAAAAUUUUCUUUGAGAGCAUCCACAACUGGGAUGAUCCUUAUGGACAAUGUUCGAAUUCCGGAGGGAAACGUUUUCCCCAAAGUACAAGGACUUAAAGGUCCAUUUGGAUGUUUAAACAACGCUAGAUAUGGGAUUGCAUGGGGAGCUUUAGGAGCCGCCGAAAGCUGUUUCAAAAUAGCCAGGAAUUACGCUUUGGAGCGAAUGCAAUUUCAGAAACCAUUAGCAGCCACUCAAUUAGUCCAGAAGAAAUUAGCUGAUAUGAUGACUGAAAUCGCGUUGGGAUUACACGCGUGUUUAAGAGUUGGCCGAUUAAAAGACGAAGAUAGACACACUCCAGAAAUGAUUUCAAUUUUAAAACGUAACAACGCUGGGAAAGCUUUGGAUAUUGCUAGAGCAGCAAGAGAUAUUUUAGGGGGAAACGGAAUACACGACGAAUACCACGUUAUUAGACAUUUGGUAAAUUUAGAAACGGUGAAUACUUAUGAGGGAACCCACGACAUCCAUGCAUUGAUUCUUGGAAGAGCUAUAACUGGAUUACAAGCUUUCAAAUAAUUGUUUUGUACGAAACGAGCCAAAUAAAAUUUUAAAACUAAAA